AUGCUGACCUUCUCAUCUCGAGACCCCCUUAACUCCCCCACUUUCUCACGAGCCUUACCCCCCCCUCCACAUUUGCUCUUCAUUCCACAACACAAAAUUGAUUGCAUGAAGGAGGAGGCCUUACAAGAUGGAAAGAUCAAGAGGUGCACCGUGUUCCAGGUUAUGGUUGCAAAAAUAUGGAGAGCCAGGACACUAGCAUUGGGAUUGCCAGAUGAACGCACAUCAACCGUAUUAUUCCCGAUCGACGUAAGGAAAAGGAUGGUGCCGCCCCUGCCAGCAAACUUUGCUGGCAAUGCGUUGGUUCCCGGCUUUGCAAGAGCAAGCGCACGAGAAUUGAGGGAGGAGGGGGCCUCUUUCUGUGUAAGCAAGGUUCAGGAGGGACUUGAGAGACUGUUUGAUGCAUAUGUUAGGUCUGGGAUAGACUGGCUUGAGGUCCAUAAGGGAGUGCCUAGUGCAGUGGAUAGCUUCUCGGUGGUAUCCUGGUUGAGGCUGGUGAUGGAGGGGCUCGAGUUUGAAUGGGCUGAGGCUGGGUGCAUCACUCCAAUCACAGUGAAUACUGGGCUCGUCAUGUUGCUUGCAAGUGAGUAG